AUGUGGAUGCGCAAUGACAAGUCCCACGGAACCGUCGCGGCUCAGCUUCGCAGAGGAAUGCAACGACACGAGGUGGUGAGACAAGGUCAACAGAGGAGGACCGCCGAGGAGGACCGCCGAGGAGGAGCGGUCGCAGCCAAGGUCGCAGGCGCAAGCCCCAUCACGUCCGGGCUCCGGGUUGCCCUCAUCGAAGCCCAAGACCUAGCCAAGACCGCCGCCUUCUCUCUCCCGCCAACCCAGUUCUCAAAUCGCUGCAGCUCAUUAACCCCGUCGUCGGCCCAGUAUCUCAACACCAUUGGAGCAUGGACACACAUGAAGCGCGACCGCAUCCAAGACUUCCACGAGAUGCAGGUCUGGGAUGGCGUCACAGGUGCCCGGAUCGAAUUCGACCCCCCCGCCAGCUCCGGCCCCAGCAAAACGAUUGCGUACAUGACGGAAAACCUGAACCUGACCUCAGGUCUUCUGAAGCGCCUCAAAGAACUAGGAAGCGUCGAUAUUUUUGACAACUCGCGAGUAGAGAAAAUCGACCUGGGCGAAGAGACCGAAGAUGUGGACCUCCGCGACUGGCCCGUCGUACACCUGUCAGGCGGUCAAUCACUAGUUGCACGGCUUCUCGUUGGAGCCGACGGGGCCAACAGUCCCGUACGGUCUUUUGCAGGCAUCGAGAGCCGUGGGUGGGAUUACGGCAGACACGGGCUCGUCGCUACGCUGCGGCUGGAAGGAGACGGUUGGGGCGGACAGUUCAGCAAGAUUGCCUACCAGAGGUUCUUGCCCACCGGCCCUGUGGCCAUGCUCCCUCUGCCGGGGAACUAUUCAACCUUGGUGUGGUCAACGACGCCAGAGAACGCCGCGCUUUUGAAGAAGCUGUCUCCCAAGGACUUUGUUGCCUUGGUAAACGCUGCGUUCCGCCUCAGUCCCGUCGACCUGGGGUACAUGCACACACAAACCGAGGGCCAAGAAGACGAGUACGACUGGAGGAUACAACACACGCCCGUGGAUGCCGAGGCCAUCCCGCAGACAGCUGUUGGCGUGCAAGAGGGGUCGAUUGCUUCAUUCCCCCUGAAGCUUCGCCACGCAGAUACAUAUAUCGGCGAACGAAUUGCACUCGUCGGCGAUGCCGCGCACACCGUUCACCCGCUGGCUGGACAGGGCCUCAACAUUGGACAAGGCGACGUGCAGAGCCUCGUCAAGGCCAUAGAAUAUGCCGUUUCACACGGACAAGAUCUGGGGACACAAUUGUCACUUGAGAGUUACAAUAGCGAGCGUUACGCUGCUAACCACGUCCUGAUGGGCGUGUGCGACAAGCUCCACAAGAUUUACUCGGUUGAAAGCGGACCACUGGUUGGUCUGCGAUCUAUCGGCCUGCAGGCUGUCAACAUGCUAUCACCGCUAAAGAAUUUCUUCAUGGCACAGGCGUCCGGUACAGGCGUCAAAGUCGUAUAG